GUGUUCUGCGAAACAGUGUCUCACAAAGGCACCUGGUCGCAUCACUUCUUGAGGUGACAACCAUGUUGUAGAAGUUUCUCUGUGCAUGUAGAUUGGUGCCUCUGAAAUUCAAACGAAUUUGAACUUUAACCAGCACGCUGAGAAACACAAGUUGGUCAUCGCUGAAGUUAAAAACGCCCACCUGGACCGGCGAAGAAGCCUGGCUUUCUCUUGUUCCACGUGCUUUUGGAACUGCUGCCAUGAAGCAACGUGUUCGACGGCCGUCUUGAGACGGCCCACAAGAAAACAUACGUCACAGCGGUGCUAGACGCAUUGCAAGGCCGAUGAAAAACGCUUUUCAAAAGCGGAACUGUUCGCUUAGCUCUGCGCGCCAUUUUGCUGCUUCUUCGCUGGAAGAUGCCAGGCCAACCUAAGGCUCAUAGAACGCCUGAUCAUCGGCCCUAUGCGAAGAAAACAACAAUGCCAUCAUCGACCGCCGGAGUGUCAGAGUGAGUGUUUAAUUGCGCUGUAAUCAUGUUCGUAUCUUCCGCGUGACUAUGACGAGUCGACCGCCUGACCAAGUACACUGCGCCGAACGGUAUCAAUGGCAUCCUUCGUCUUUACUGCCUACAGUUCUCAGACCAGCUUGGUGUGACUGCCUGGUGCAGUGGUGAUCGUUAUGAGUGCUUCCAGGAGAAUAUCCGGUGAUCGCCGCGAUUCUUGGUCGGCACCGGGCACAGCAAGGUUCGUGCUGUUGUUAGCUCCAGUAUGCGGGAACCACGCCGUUCAUCGCGGUGUUCCAAGUGCCGCUACUACUGCCGGGCCGGUACCACGUCGCUCAUGUCGCACUUCGGGCUGUGCAGCCUGGUGGUCGGCUACUGCGUGAUGGGCGCGUUCCUCUUCGAGUUCCUCGAAGCCACAAACGAGCGCAACAAGCGGCUCGAGAUGAUGCGCUGGCGAUCGAACCUGGCCGAUGCGCUGUGGCAGCUCACGUCUGAGUCGCGCAUUCUGGACCAGACCAAUUGGACGGGCGAGGCGGUGGCCAGACUGCGACGCUUCGAGGUCACCCUCGUGCAAGCGGUGCGCAAGGAAGGCUACGAUGGUAAGGAGGAUGCCCAGCUGCAGUGGUCUUUCACUGGGGCCCUCCUGUAUUCUAUCAUCGUCAUCACCACCAUCGGGUACGGCAACAUCGCGCCCAAGACGCCGCAGGGCAAAGUGGUGACCAUCCUGUACGCAAUCGUGGGCAUUCCCUUGAUGCUGCUGUGCCUGUCGAACAUCGGCGACGCCAUGGCGCAAAGCUUCAAGUUCUCUUACCGCUACAUCUGCUGCUCCAUUUGUCAUCGCAAGGCCGUGCAAAGAGCUAAAGGACGGUACUCACGCAAGAACUUUCAGCAGGAACAUCAGUCGCAUUACCAGCAGCAAUUCCAGAUGCAGCGCCGGUCUAUGAGCCGCAAUACGGGUCAGGGCGCCAGCGCUGGCCACGGCUCGUCGAUCGCAGCGCCCCCUAGCUACAAAGAGCUGUCCACGUGUCGACCGACGCGGGGCAGAGGCAGUUACCCGCCAUCAUCACGCCAGCCUCCGGGAUCGGCGAUGGGCAGGAGACAGGCCGAUCUCGAGGCGGCCCGAGUGCCCGUUAUCAGCAACAAGUACGCCCUGACGGAGGAUGCCGGUGGCACAGCCGCGACCCACCACGACUACAGGACGCCGCCCGCCAGGACAGGACGGCGCCACUGGCGCGACGAGGGCGGGGAGCUAGCAGACGACGAGUCGGUGAACGCGCUCGAAGACGACGACGAAGACGUCGGCGACGAAGACGAGGACGAGGUCGUGGGUUCGGUGCCUAUCUGGCUGUGCUGCGCCAUCGUGGUGGGCUACAUCUGCGGCGGCGCCUGGCUCUUCUACUCAUGGGAAGGCUGGGGAUACCUGGACAGCGCCUACUUCUGCUUCGUCACGCUCACCACCAUCGGCUUCGGCGAUUUGGUGCCCGGCACGGCUCUCUCGGACGACCAGACUGUGACGCUGGCCGUGUGCGCCGUCUACUUGUUGUUCGGCAUGGCGCUGCUCGCCAUGUCCUUCAACCUGGUGCAGGAAGAAGUGACACGCUCUGUCAAGUGCGUUGGCCGUAGGCUGGGAAUAAUAUCGGACAGAGAUGAAGACCGGUGAUGAUGUAGUGUCUUCGUUACGUGAUGGUGGUACACUGGAGCAGCUCUUC